UUUUGUAGAAAAUUUGUGAAAUGACUUUUUUCCUUUUUCUAUCUAGAGCGUUUCUAACACAACAUGGUAGAUUUUGCAUGUUUGCUGUAGUUAAAAAGCAUCUAGUUUUCAAUUGAACAAAGUUAUUGUCCGUAAUAAGAGUAGGAUUUGGGUCAUUUUCUUUCAAAAUGUUUGCUAUAUUUAGUCAAGAUUAAUAAAUGAAAUCAAAACUGAUUUACAAAUUAAAAGUCUCCAUCUAUCGAACAAAUUUGCAUCAUUUUUGAACUGCAGCUGGGGAUCGCACAAAAAUCAGUCCAAGGACCACAAAUGGCUCCCGGGCCACACUUUUGCCACCCCUGCAUUAGUAUUUUACUAUUUUAAACUUUGAAUUGUGUCUGAAUGACAGCAGCCACCUCUGGCUUUGUAAAUGGUGCUUUGUCGACUGUCCAUUCAGCAGUUCAGCUUCGUCAGCUGUUCUCUUUUCCUGCAGCGCUGCGAAACAAAAGCGCUCGCUGCCUUUCUGUGGAAUAAUGAGGCUGAACAUGACCAGCAAUGCUAAUGAAACUCUUCAUUCACUACAGGUCACUUAUUAGCACAUUUUAGUGUUCUUAUCAGAUCAAAACGGUGCACUUUUGAAAGUUUCCAGAACUCGACAAUGCAUUUGAGAGAUGGACUUCUUGGUGUGGAAAAGACCUGCCAUCAUUUAUCUGCAAAGAGGAAAGCAAACUGACAUUGGACACCAUAUUUAACGGCUCCCAGCUGAAUUUUAAUGUUUUAGGAGUGGAUUUGUGUCUCUAUGUUCCAUUACCGUUGAAUAAGUGACAUGUCUGGGACCAAAGCAUCAUGUGGCGAGUUUACAGACUCUGAUUCUGACGACAAAGAGGAACAGACAGCGAUGGUGUGUCUGGAGACAGACCUUCACGAUGGACAGAUGAUGGAAGUUGAUGUUGGUCGUCACAGUGUGCUAUUAACGCGCUGCGAUGGAAAAUAUAGCGCCAUUUCAAACCAGUGUUCACACUAUGGUGCGCCGCUUAGCAAAGGCGUUAUUUCAGGACACAAAGUGCGCUGCCCGUGGCACGGCUCCUGUUUUAAUGCUCUAACAGGAGACCUGGAGGAGUUUCCUGGGAUCGACUCUCUACCUUGUCACAAGGUCAAAAUUCAAAACAGCAAAGUGUAUGUGUCCAUAAAUAAAAAGGACAUCCGGCAUCAGAAAAGGUUGCAGCGAAUGGGAGGUGCAGUACCAGGAGUGAAGCACACAGUUUUACUGCUGGGAGGAGGAGCUGCUUCGCUGAUCUGUGCCGAGACGCUGCGGCAGGAAAACUUUGGCGGCAGAAUCAUCAUGGCCUCCAGAGACGACCUCUUACCUUACGACAAAACCCGACUCAGCAAGGUAAUGAAUGUGUUGAGUGACACCAUCGUGCUGAGGAGGACGGAGUUUUUCCAUCAGUAUGACAUUGAGGUUUGGCUCCAGAAAGAAGCAGUAUCGGUGGACACGGAGAAGAAGACGGUCACUUUUGAUGAUGGUUUAGUCCAGAGCUACGACCAGCUGCUUCUCUCUACCGGCUGCAGAGCGAAGGGUCUGGAUGUGCCGGGGAGGAAGUUGGACAACAUUAAGAUGUUGGAGACUCCAGAAGACGCCAGACAAAUCCACGCUGCCUCUCUAGGCUGCAACAUCGUCCUUGUGGGAACUUCCUUUGUCGGAAUGGAGGUGGCGUCGUACAUGAUAGACAAAGCGUCCAGCAUCACGGUGGUGGGCAGCAGCGACAUGCCGUACCAAAACACUCUGGGCCGCGAGGUCGGGAAAAUCACCAUGAUGAUGCUGUUGGAGAAAGGUGUGAGAUUUUACAUGAAUGAUCACGUGACAGAAAUUAAAGGCGUUAAUGGAAAGGUGAAAGAAGUUGUACUUAAAAGUGGUCAUGUUAUCCCAGCUGAUGUUUUAAUUGUGGGUAUCGGCAGCAUCCCAAACGCAGAGUUUCUGCAAGGCACUAAAAUACAGAAGAACUCCAAAAAUUAUGUUGUUGUUGACAAGUACAUGCGAACAAACGUCCCUGAUGUUUUCUGUGCGGGUGACCUGGCCUCCUUUCCUCUGGCACUGGCCAAAAACCAGUUGGUCAACAUCGGACACUGGCAGAUGGCACAAGCACAAGGGAGAAUAGCUGCUCUGAACAUGCUAAAGAAAACAACUGAACUCACCUCAGUUCCUUAUUACUGGACCAUCCUACAAGGCAGAACCAUCAGAUAUGCAGGUUAUGGGGAGGGAUACACUGAGAUAAUAAUGAAAGGAAACUAUGAGUUUGAGGAGAGGAAGUUCCUGGCCUUGUAUAUCAAGAAUGAUGAGGUCAUAGCAGCGGUGGGCCUGGAUUAUGAUCCUGUGGUGUCUGCUGUGGCCGAGAGGCUCCUAUCAGGGAAAGUCAUCACAAAGAAAGAGGCUCAGUCGGAUGAUCCCAGUUGGCUUCAGGUUACCUGAUCUGCAUUAAAGCAGUCUGAAGAUUAAAAUAUGACAGGACUUCACACCACACCUCCAUGUUUUUGUGUUCUGGUGCUGGAAGACUAUUCACAGCAGGGAGUCCAACACAACUGAUACCUCAAAUAGAUGCAGCUUUGGGUCUUUUUUAGUCCAAAAUGCUGUUUUUUUAACUUAAUAAACUCUGU